AUGUCUGCCACACCGGUGUAUGAAGCCAAACAGAAAGUAUACGGACUCCUUAACGGGACGUUUCAUGCGGCCAUCGUUAUCGAGGUAGGGGUAGAAGCCGAAACGGGUGAAUAUCUGUAUUAUGUUCGAUAUGUGGAUCAAGAUAGCCGUAUGGAUCGCUGGCUUCAGUCGAACGAGAUGAAGGAGCGUCAUCAAGGCCGGAUCAAUCAUUUACAGCAAAUCAAAGCCCCCAGUAGUGGUGGUGUCGUGACCCGUCGACAGAGCGUCGCGGCUGAGAAGGCGGUGGGGCAGCAGGGAAUCCCCACCAGCCCCAACCUCGGCCUAAACACCGCGACCACGUCGACCGCGAAGGGCGGCGAUACCCAACAACAUGCGGUGAAGAUCUCCACCUUUAGGGCGCGGAAGGACAGUUCGUUCUUUUCUCGUACUAAGAAUAUCCAUUCCAUCUGCAUGGGGGCUUACGAGGUGGAGGCGUGGUACUUCAGCCCCUACCACCUCGCGCGUUCGGUAGUUCACCAGCGUCUUCAGGCCUGCACGCAGUACUUCUCGGGGAAUACCGAAUUACAGCUGCGGCCCACAGCCACCGCGGCCCCGUCCGGAUCCGAGGCUGCGGUGGCCGUGGCGGCGAGUACGGCGGUGGUGGUGAAAUCCCUCACUUUGCACGUUUGCACCUUUUGUUUGAAUCCAUACACCGAUGACGAGACCGUGAUACGUCAUAUUCAGACGGCUUGCCCGCGGCAUCCGCCCGGGAGUGAGAUCUAUCGGGACCCCGUACGGCUGAUCACAGUGCUCGAGAUUGAUGGGAAGCUGGAACCGGUCUUUUGUCAACAUCUCGCACUUCUAUCCAAACUAUUUUUGGAGCACAAGGCAUUAGACCACAAUAUGACGCCAUUUCUCUUUUACGUGAUCUGCGCGAUUCAACCGCACGGCCUAGAGGUGCUGGGGUACUUUAGCAAAGAAAAGCAAAGUCCGGAGUUGUACAACUUGUCGUGUAUUCUGGUACUUCCUCAGUACCAAAAUCGCGGCAUCGGCCGUUUCCUGAUUGAGUUAAGCUACGAAUUAUCCAGGCGAGAGGGGAAAAUCGGAACGCCUGAAAAGCCUCUGAGUGAUCUUGGAAAAAAAGUAUAUUUAGGGUACUGGUCGGAUACAGUAUUGGUGGCAUUGGCACAUGCCAUGGAGGAGGGGCAUUGCACCACCAUUGAUUACCUUGUACAGGCAACCUGCAUGACCCAGGCGGAUAUUAUUCGGACGCUGCAGGAGCUACGUCUGAUCAAUGGCACCCAAUUGUGCAUUUCAGAAGAAAGUGUCCAUCAGUCCUACACGAAGCGCCUGCACCGGGAGCGGAAUGCUCAAAAUUACACCUUCUUCACCCAUCUUCUGAGCUGGUGUCCGGGGAUGUAUGAAGAAUUUCGCUUUGAUCUUCCUGCACCGGUCUUUACGGCGUGGAAGGGUAGUUUUCCAAACCAUGGGGGAGGCACACGAGGCGAGUAUCAGGAUCAAUCUUCUUGA